GAAAACACGCGGUUUCCCUUCUGCCCUCUUAUGUUAUUGUUACAGUAUAUAUUGUACUAGUACCAUUGAUUUCUCCAAUCUCGAAUAAAUAGGAGCCAGAUUUCCAUAGGUAUACCGAAGAAGAGGAAGGGACUUCAUUUGGAAACCCUCCUCCGUUCCUUCCGCUUAUUGUGCCCAGUCCGCCUCCGGAGACCCCAAGAACAAGAAGAGGAACAAGGAGGUGGAGAAUACAUCGAUCCAAACGAACGCCGCGACCGAGACGAUCGAGAGAUAAAAUGGCGUCGGCCUGCUUCUUCGCCCGCUGCGUCUCCGUCCCUGCGCACCUCCUGGCCAACCCCACGCCCCUCGCCAUCACCACCUGCGGGCUGCGGCGGCUUGGAGCCGCGGGAGCGAGGCCGGUGUGCGCCGCCGGGAGGAUGCUCGGCUCCGUCAGAUACGGCACUGGAGCGGCGUUGGGCCCCAAGGAAGCCGAUGCGGAGGUGGCCGCCGUGCCGCCGUCGGUGCCGGUGCGCGUCGCCUAUGAGCUGCAGCUGGCCGGCCACCGCUACCUCGACGUCAGAACGGAGGGUGAGUUCGGCGGCGGGCAUCCGGCAGGAGCGGUGAACAUCCCCUACAUGCACAGCACCGGCUCUGGGAUGGCGAAAAACUCGGGUUUUCUAGAGCAAGUGUCGGCGAUAUUCAGGAGAGAGGACGAGAUCAUCAUCGGAUGCCAGAGUGGCAGGAGAUCUCUCAUGGCAGCAGCCGAACUCUGCUCCGCUGGCUUCAGUGGCGUGACCGACAUCGCCGGAGGGUUUUCUGCUUGGAAGGAGAACGGGCUGCCGAUCAACCAGUGACGUCGUCGACUUCUCUGAAUGUGUCUGAAACAUUACACGUCUUGAUCUUGGAUCCAAGACACCAUGAUAGUGCACUCAAUAAAUGUUAGCACAACAAGAGAUUAUGAGCCUCUUCAAUAUUCCUUUCAACGCCUUCUGUAAAUUGUGUAAAACCUACUCCGAUCAGAAAAUAAGUUUAAGCUCUGA